CGCAUCAGCCUUGACAAAUGCAGGCGUCACUUUCAAGAGAACAAACUUAAUUUGUCGGUGUAAAUUAGUGGCUUGACAAAAAUAACAAAUAAAUAUAUAAAUAUUUAUGAAAAUAUAAGUAAACUAAUAAAAGUGCGUGUGUGCAUAUGAAACAGAAUAAAAGAAAUUGAAAAUAAGGAGAGAAAAAGCGAAAAAAAUCUGAAAUUUAAGAAUUUUAAGGAGAAUUACAUGCAAAAUUAACAAAAAUGGAGUCGCGACGUUUAACACGAGGACGAGGACCUAAGGUCCCAGAGACUGCUGCUGCAACAUCUACAAGAUCCCGAGCAGCCCCAGCAGCAGCUGCGCCAGCAACAACAGCCACCGCCACAGUGGGGGGUCGCCGUAAGGCGGCUGCCAGUGUCGAAACAUUGACAGAUAUUACGGCCAACAGAAGAGUAACCCGAACAUCACCAUCACGUGUAACCCGUACAUCACCAUCCAGACGUAGCGCACGCAUCUCACCGGCCCGUUCAUCUAGACCGCGUUCAACGAUACCCACAGUAACUGUUAUACCCGUUACCGUUGAGCCACGAACAGAAAGGACAGCCAACAAGGAAAAGGAGGCAAACCUGUCACACACCAAUUUGCCUGCAACACUUACCACAAAUACCGCAACAAAGGCUCCGAAUCGUGCAACAACUACAACAACAUCAUCGGUACAAAGUACCUAUCAAAGUUCAACAACAAUACAAACUGUUGAGAUACGAACAUCCAGCGGUGAACAAUCAUCGGAUAUAGCAAAAUUAACCGAUUAUCUGAGACGUUCCGUAUCGAAGACCUUCUCUUUAGGCGGCGGCGGUGGCGGCGAUGAUGGCGAGGAACGACGUGAAGGCUCAUACACACCCAGCCAGCGUACAGAUGCCGAAAGUCGUUUCAGUCGCUCUGUAUCACGUUCCGUUUACGAUGGUGAAGGUGGUGGACGCUAUUCAAAGGCUGCAGAAUUUUCAGAUGCAGAAACAAAUGAACACGAAGAUGUUAUCCAUGAGGAGGAUGAAGGUUCUGCUGCUGCUGGCUAUGGCUAUGAAGAAGAGGACAAUUUCAAGAGUUUUAGUGCCAACAAUGCUGCUGCACGAAAAUCUGGCUCAUUUUGUCGUAAAUUGCCAAUACCCAGUGAAUUUGGUGGGUGGUUUGGUGCAAGCUUGCUCAUGCUGCUGACUCCCCUUGUGGUGUACUACUUACAAUGGACCUGCAGCGAUCGUAAAUGUGAAUUUAAAAUACCAGAUUAUAAUGCCAUAUUGGAUACCAAUAGUUGGUUGGCAAAAAUAUUCCACAUUGAAGCUGUGGGUGUGUUUUUGGCCUUUUGUUUUGGUAUAUUCAUAUUAUCGGCCGUGCUCUUUGGCCGAGGUGUGCGUUUACCCGGUGCAUUGGAAUAUAAAUUUAAUCUCUUGCCCAUCACUGCUGUCCUGAGCGUGGCCUAUGCCAUUGCCGUGUAUUUUGGCUAUCCUGUGGCUGAUUUUAUUAUCAAGAAUUUCCAACGUUUUAGCAUCUAUAGUCUGUUGAAUGCAUACGUAUUGGCGCUAUGGGCAUAUUACCGUUCGGAUUUGUUAAAACAACAGGAUUCCCAGUGCAAUAUUUAUGCUAAAUCGGGAAAUUUCUUGAUUGACUAUGCUUUGGGCAAACAGCUAAAUCCCAAAUGGUUGGGUUUGGUUGAUUUCAAAUUGGUUUUCUAUCGCAUUUCCUUGGUGAGCUCUUACCUGUAUGUGGUAUCGUUGCUGUACAAGAAUAUUCAAACUCCCUGGUUGCCCAAGGAGGUGGAAGGAGGCGUUGAGAUGAUUUCAUAUUUUUUGAAAAAUACCAAAUUUGACACAACCUCCCUGUUGUGUAGUGGUUUGCUGUUGCUGUAUGUUUUGGAUUCGAUUGUGUUUGAACAUCAUUUGGCCUCGUCGUUCGAGUUGCAGGGUGAAGGAUUUGGUUGUCUUUUGCUCUUGCGUUAUGCCGCCACCCCAAUGCUUGUGACCUCAGUGGCUAAGUAUUUUUCGGAAAAUCGUACACCCUUGAAAUGUGAUUUCGCCAUUUAUAUACCCAUUGCCUUGUUACUUCUCGGCUUGGCAUUGAAACGUUUUAGCAAUGCCAUUAAAUACAAAUAUCGCGUGCAGCCUAAUCAUCCACAUUUCCAGAAUGUCGAAACCAUACACACCUUCCAGGGCAGACGUUUGUUGCUCGGCUCACUGUGGGGUCGUUUGCGUCAACCCAACUACUUGGGUGAUAUUUUGUGUUUGAUCGCCCUGGCCCUUCCGCUGGCCAUGAAUUUUGUUUGGCCACCGCUGGUCAGUUUAUUAUUGAUUGUCGCAAUCUUGGUGCAUCGCUGUUUCCGUGUCAAUGCCCGCAAUUCGUCACGUUACCACUCGUCAUGGGUACGUUAUCGUAGCAUAGCUCGGAAUUAUUUAAUACCUAAAAUAUUUUAAAGCGACAAGGAUGCAUGAAAAUCUUCUUCCAUGAAGAACAUAAUUGUGGACAAAUUUUUAGUUUAUAUAGGGAGGCAUGUUGCUAAAUCCAUGAAUAUUUUUUUUUUUUGAAAACCGAUAUUUGACCAAGAUUUGUUAUUUUUAAUAAGAACUUUUUUUGGAAAGUACUUUUUUUAAUACUACAUUAAGUUUUGGAUGUUAUGUGAUGGCUAUGUUGGGGAGGGGUAGUAAAAAAUGAGGGAUCUUAUUUAAAAAAAA